ACCGAAAAUGUCGGCAUUAAAAAAAAAAAAAAAAAAGACACCAACCAGACCCAUUACACAGUUCGAAAAGUAUCUGCUUUGUCUUCUAUAAUUUUCAGACAACAAAUGCCAAAAAAGAAGAGCUAUAAAGGAAGUAGAAUUAAUGGUGGUGGUGUUCUUGAAUGUUGUUUAUAACUGAUUAAAAUAAUUGCUCAGUGGCAUUUGUGGUGAUUUAAUCAAGGGUGGCUUCACUUGAUGUGGCCUUUAUAUUUUCUGUCAAACAAGAUUCUGAAAACAGAUGAAGAAGACGAUGAAGAAAAAGGUGGGGAUCGUGUGAAUAUGGUGGCCAGAUGCUACCCUUUUGAGCUGCCAUCUGAUAAUCAAAAUGGCCACGAGACCGCAUUGCCUCGAUCACAUUUUGUUCAAGUUCCACAUAUUAACCAGCUGUUCUAUUGGGACUGUGGACUUGCUUGUGUUUUGAUGGCCUUGUCUACUGUUGGCAUUAAUGGCUAUAGUAUUCAGAACUUGGCCGAGCUUUGCUGCACGACUAGCAUUUGGACCGUUGAUCUUGCUUAUUUACUGCGAAAGUUUUCCGUUAGGUUUUCCUAUUACACUGUAACAUUUGGAGCUAACCCGAACUACUCUGGGGAGACAUAUUACAAGGAACAUCUGCCUAGUGAUCUAGUUCGAGUAGAUAAGCUAUUCCAAAAAGCAGUGGAAGCAGGGAUCAAUAUACUGUGCAGUUCAAUCAGCAAAGAAGAAAUCUCUCGUUGGAUUUUGUCAGGGAAGUAUAUUGCGAUUGCUUUGGUUGAUCUGUACAAAUUGAGUCGAUCUUGGGUUGGAGAUGUUCUCAUCCCUGGAUUUCAUGGCAAUGAUGUAGGAUACACAGGUCAUUAUGUCGUGCUAUGCGGUUAUGAUGCUGAAGCGGAUGAAUUUGAGAUUAGAGAUCCUGCAAGUUCUAGGAAACAAGACAGGAUCUCAUCAAAGUCCCUCGAAGAAGCACGCAAGUCCUUUGGUACUGACGAGGAUCUUCUUCUGAUAUCCGUUGAUGAGAGCCGUAAACAGAACUAUCCCAUAAUAUGAUUUUUGAUACGAGUAGCACCUGAUAUUCUUCAUUGAGAUGCUCUCAUCAUCUUCUGCACUGCACAUAUUUUUCAAGCUCGUGUAUAGUAAGCUUUCGGAACGAGUAUUUUAUGUCAGUGAAGAAUGAGUCAGUUUUAAUCCACAAAUCAGGUACAUUUGUAAAAUAAGUUCGUUCAUUUUGUAUAUGAACUGUAUAUUAUAAUGUAUUUGUUGUAUAUAUCUUUGUCCAUGUUGGCAACUUGUUUGUAAACUCAAAUCUAUAUAAUAAAUUUCUUCCUUUUUAAAGGACAUGAAGAGCUACACACAA